AUGGAGUUUCGCGAUGAAACUCAGUUUACUGCUUCUGCAGUUCAUCUUACUUGUUACACCGCCACCACCAGGAGGGAGAUCUUGCAUCUGCAGGUUGGGCAGUGUGGCAACCAGAUCAGUGUCAACUUCUGGGAGGUGAUCAUCCAGGAGAAUGGCAUUGAUCCUACCAGUAUAUACCAUGGGGACAGUCAUCUGCAGUUGGAGCACAUCAACGUGUACAACUACAGCAAGGACACCGAUGGCAAGUAUGUGCCCCUCGCUGUGCUCAUGGACCUGGAGCCCAGCUGUAUGGACUUGAUGCACUUGGGCCCCUUUGAGCAGAUCUUCAGGACAGACAACUUUGUCUUCGGUCAGAGUGGUGCUGGAAAUGACUAA